AAAAAAGAAAAAAAAAAAACGAAGAGAAGUUAGCUCGGCUCGAUAAUGUAAAGCUGAACGGAGCCUUUGUCAACGAUAAAAUGAAUAGCGUAAGUACGUGAGUGUUAUCAGUGUUUAUCCUCGAUCAAGAUGCUGGCGCUUCGAUUGAUCCUGAUCUCCGUGACGUCUCUUCUUGUUUACGCCGAGGAUUCGACCACCUCCAUUCCGAACGACCUUCCGGCUCUGCUGACGGUAGCUUCGCAUCGUGACGAUACAGAUGCGUCAACCGAUUACCAGCGCCAGGGGAGAAUGUCGCUGCACGCCGAACUGCCCGCGUCAAAAGCGAAGAGGGAACAAGCGCUCCGGAACAUCCUGGCAGCAAAACGUCGCCAAGCCUUGGCGCAGCGUCCUGGAGAUCAACUGCGGGGCGUGAGCGCGUCUCGAAUGCGUGCUGAGGUACCAAAGGACGCAACUGACGUUCUGGAGGGCCAGGAGACCAGACACAACGUCUACGUCACGGCGCCCGGUGAAUCCAAGACGGUGAUCGGGGCCGAGGAAGAAACACCGGAACCGUUAAUCGGAACUGCGGGCAGGAAAGCCGAGAAGGAUUCGAGCCUGAUAGAGAGAAGCGGAAAUAUGACAUCUAAGAAUUCUGAAUCCGGGAAACAGACCGUGGAGUCGAUGGAUCUGGGCCAUGAUGACAGGAUGACGGUUGGAACAGAAAUCAGACACAAACCAUCGACCGGAUUUUCGAGGAGCGGGCAUUUCUCUACGACUAGAAACGGUUCUCAGCAACUGCAGAGGAUCGGUAGUGCUAAGAUCGCGUCGGGGAGCGAAUCUGAUCCUCGGAAAAGCAGUAGCAAUAAUACAGUGGUGAUGUCUGAGAGUCUGUACAAGCACUUUAGACCGGUGGAGAGCGACGUACCGAUCGAAGAGAUGACGCAGUUUUUGUACUUUGGCCAGAAGCUGAGUCCUGAAACGCAGAAUACGACGAGCAGUAACUCCGUCGAAGUUACACCGACGGUUUCCCCGGUUUUGAACUCGCGGAGACGCUUCAUCGGGAAGAGACUCAGCACGACGACGACGCAGGUCCCGGUUCCCACCCUGGAGGAGAUCAUUAACGAGGAGAUGAACAUCGCGGUCGAGAAGCAGACCAUCGAGAGGAACAAGAUCCCCAAUCUCAAGGUGCCCGCCUUCAGAAGUCCAAGCACCAGCAGUCUCUACUACCGAAAACCACCGACGAAGUCCGCCGACCCGACGAUCGUAUCGAACGUGAUCGGGGCUCCGGAGACGAGGAACGCGUCGGAGGGUGACGCCGUCGGCAAGGGCGAGGGGAGCCUCGCGGACCCGUCCGCUCACGCAUCGUCGGUUGACCAGGUGCUCGGCGAGACGCCGGUCCAAGGGAAAGGAGGCCCAGCAUCCCACGAGGCGGGAGCAUCUGGGAAUGCAGCCGGGGAAGACGGCUCGACCCAGAUAUCGAACGAGACGAGGAAUCUCGGUCCCUCGGUCGCGACGUCCAGUGGCGGGGGGAAGACGGAGUACCAGGAGGAUCCGGGAUCUGUGGUGAACGGUCACGCGGUGGGAUAUCCUUCAGGAAAAGCGACGGUGAUUAGUUCCAAGGACGACGACCCUCUGAGGAAGGUUUUCGCCGCGACGACCCAUCACCCGGAAACAACACGGAGCACGACCCUGAGGAUAGUCGUCGGCGAAACCUCGUCACCGAAGGCCGGAGAGGCGCUUCCAGGUGCGGGCUCUCCACCUGUCGUUCUGCCGGCGCAACAACACGUGUACGCGUACACGAUAACCAAUGUGACGCGGCUGUUGCGCAACUACUCCGGACCUGGGGUAAGCAGCAAGGAGGAAGGCGAGCAGCACCAGCAACCGGGCCCCGCGCCACUCGGGACCGCCGAGAUAAGCGACGGCUCGUCGAGCGGUAUAGUGGCGACGCGGUCGCGGUCCGAUCUCAGUGCCGGCUCAGCGGCUGAAGGAGUUACAACUUUGGAGGGGGAGCAGACCAGCCAUCGCAGUGGGGAUCACGGGCCCCGGUCAGACCCAUACGCAGCAUCCCGCGGUGAAACCUCGAUUCGAACGCCGCUCGAGGUAAACAAGCCUCAAAUAUCGGACUCGGAAGCCGGUCAGAGGGACCAGAGUUCCAUUGGGCCACUUUCCGCCGAGCUUGAUGACGAGAUAAACGUUCAGGACGAUUUGCGGGACGUGGACCAGCGCAUGUUGCUCAAAUCGGCGAGUGCAGUGUUGAACCAGAGACCCAGUGAGGAGCCGGUCGGCAAAGUCGCUCGUCAUCGGAACCAACCUCGCAGACAUCACUUCAGGGUGGAUCAACGAUUGGGGUUGAAAAAUCACGGGCGACAACCGCCAGUGAAGAACAAGGAAAGUGAGUCGGACUCGAGACGAUUCGUGACUGGCGAAGCGAGCGACAAGUCGACCGUGGUUCGGUCUAACACGUCGAAAACCUCUGAUGCGUCACUGCAUUCCGAUCGACCCACGGGUAAUGUUACACAAAGUGACGAGGACCAGAGAAGCGUAAAUGGGAAACGUAAUUUCGAAGAAAGUCUGGAACAAAUGACACCAGACAUGCUGGUGGAACAGCGACUAAGGAACGAAUCGGCCAUGACGGAUCGCGACGUUGCUACCGAUAUGCAGCUUUUGGAUGUCACCACGAAGCCUUCGGAAGCUAGAAACCUUACGCGAGGUGAGGAAAACUUUGACAGGUCGCAUGGACGCGACGAUAAUGACAAGCCAAACAGUUUUAGCGAGGUCAGGGUGACUUCUUCUAAAAGUGAAAUAAGCGGUGGUAGUUAUUCUAAUAGUUCAAGUGACGGUGUUGCUAGUGCGCAACCCAGUGAUAGGGCCCAGGCCCUUGGUGACGAUGCUUUCCAAGUGGAGGCGAGAGGCGGAACGAUUGAUCAGAGACCCGAAUCGACCGUGACGUCGGGCGAAGAAACUGUAACAGUACAAAGUACGAUUCCACCGUCGCUUUUCCCGGUCACUCCGAGGAUACUGUCGGCGGCUGAUGUGCUGGCGGAGAAAAAUGGGAACGCGGUUACUGUCGAGGAGUCGGUCACACAGGUUCCAGUUAUCAGAACGACUAAUUUGAGUGAGGCGAAUCGGCCCUUCGGGAUUGCCGAGGAUCUAAGUCCAUCGGAGAUCCAACAGAUGUACAGAUCGCCAAAUACGGUGAGACCCGAAGUGACGACGAUCCUGAAUCCAGAAGUACAAACGACGGAGGAAGGCCAAGGUGAAGGUGAAGGUGAAGGUGAAGGUGAAGGUGAAGGUGGACCGCCGCUGUUGACGGUCACGAAACCGAACGGUUCUCGAUCCGGGGGAAAUUCGAACGGUCAAGGAACCGUGAGCGUGGAGAGAUCGCCGGAAGUCAGAGGCAGGAACUUAUCGGACAAGUCGAGGGACAAGGACAACGUCCUGCCCAUAAUGCACCUGUACAAUGGAACGUCGAUCUUCAACGAAACCAGUUCUCCAGCCUCGAAGCCGUCCUCCCACGGAAUUGAAACUCUGCCCGUAAUACUUCCGGUCGCCGGGCAAGAGGAACAACAAGAUGAAAAAGAGCCGAGCUUGGCUACCGCGACUUCGCCUGCAACCGCAGGUUCACUUACUCCUGCGAAAACGGCAAAAAGUAAGACUCACGAGCAUCCUCCUCUCACAGCCGGCCGCAAUCCCGGCGCCCAACGACUUCCUGAUUCCUUGUCGAACAAGCCAGACAAUUCAACCAGGCAUCGAGCAGACCAGCCUGCACCUCACGAACCCGCAGAACCUUCGUACUCCAACCGAGCAAGUGGCCUGGCGAGUACCAUUGCUGGUGCUGGUGCUGGUGCUGGUGCUGGUGCAAACCGAACUCGACAACAGUGGCAACCCCAUGAAACCCCCGUGCCCAUGUUCAACUCCUCGACGUUUGAUCCUGCCGUUAACAGGACGUACCUCGUCGCCGAAGGCGACACCGUCGCCACUCAGGAGACGGUAGCCGUCGUCAGCUACAUCCUGGCGACCCUCGUCGUCUUUCCAAUCGCCGUUGGCGUCGGACUGAUUUUAAGAAGACUGAUUAUUAGAAAUCGCAAGAUGUUGGAAGAAUCGGAUACGUCAUCGGAGAUAAGCUGUAGGAAAGAUGGUCUGAAUCUGGAGAAGGGAGACUUCAAGACGUCGAUCGAGAAGGCGAUAACAAAACUGCCUCGAAUACAGCACCUGUGUCACGAGGGAGAAAAACCGCCUCCACCUCCGACCCAGGAAUCCAGGUGGGAAUUCCCGCGAGACAAACUGCGGCUCCAGACGGUCCUAGGUCAAGGAAACUUUGGGCAGGUCUGGAAAGCCGAGGCCGAUGACCUCACAGGUCACCAGGGCACGACGCGACUCGUCGCUGUUAAGACCGUCAAGGAAGGCGCCUCUUCCAGGGAGAAGGAGGAUCUCGUUCGGGAACUAGAAAUCAUGCAACAGUUGGGCAAUCAUCCGAACGUCGUCACCCUCCUUGGCUGCUGCACGGAGGAAGAACCCCAUUACCUGAUAUUGGAGUACGUGAUGUACGGAAAACUCCUCGCCUAUCUGCGUGAUCAUCGUACUAGACAAGACUUUUACAAUUUUAGCGAAGAUUCGGCGGCUCUGACUUCCCGGGAUCUCACCGUCUUUGGCUACUGCGUUGCGAGGGGUAUGGAGUACCUGGCUUCGAAGAAGAUUAUCCACAGGGAUUUGGCUGCCAGAAACGUGCUGGUGGAUCACAAUAAACUUUGCAAAAUAGCCGACUUCGGUAUGUCGAGGUUUGCCAAUGAGGAUGGUGAAAUUAUAGAAACAAGACACGGUAGGAAUGCUCUUCCCAUCCGAUGGAUGGCCCCAGAAUCUCUUAUCUAUUCGCUUUUCACCACGAAAACGGACGUCUGGAGCUUCGGGAUCCUGAUGUGGGAAAUCGUGACUUUAGGUUCUACGCCGUAUCCUGACAUGACGGCGAGAGAAGUGAUGCGCAAUGUGCAGAGCGGAUAUCGCCUCGAGCGUCCUUCGCACUGCCGAAGCGAGCUCUUCAGGGUGAUAUCGAGGUGCUGGCAGGCGGAUCCUGAUCGAAGACCCGAGUUCCAGGUCCUCCGAAGGGACCUGGCGCAGCUCCUGGAGGACAACAUGAACGGACACUACGUCGACUUGGAAAGCUUCGCCUCCGAGUGCACCGACUGAAACGGAACGCUGAGAUUCAAGGGUUGCACCUUUGAUUCUGCAUCUGACUUGUAGCUCCGCGUCUCUUCGCGA